GUCAUCUGUCAUAGUUUUUUCAAACUUGCCCGGAGUUUCCCACAAGAUUUUCCAUUAAAAUCCCGAAAUUAAAAUAUACAGGAAAGAUAUUCGCCGAAAAUGGAGCAAAUAUUAGCCAAACUGUUAGUGCCAAACAGCAAUGUUAUCCACGAGGGCACCAAGGAACUCAAGGAGGCUUUCAAGAAGCCCGAGGCGAUCCCGGCAUUAUGCGACGUAAUUGUCACCUCGGCCAAUCCGGAAAUAAGACAAUCCGCCGCGGUGUUGUUACGCAGAAAACUGGGAAAAAGGAGGCAGUGGAGUAAGUUAAAUGUGGAAAUAAGGAACAGGAUAAAACAGGGUAUGCUACAAGCAUUUGUAAAUGAGCAGGAGAAAUCUGUUAAAAAUGCCAUAGCUCAGUUCAUAGGGGUUAUAGGGAAAAAUGAGUUUCCAGACAAUAGUUGGCCUGAAGUGCUUAACUUUGUUCAUACUUUAUGUAGCAGUGACAAUGACAUUGAUAAAGAGAUGGGCAUGUACACAUUAUCAAUUAUGACAGAAAUGUCAAACAGUUCUUACAUUAUUCAUGCAGACUCAUUCUCACACCUCUUCUCCAAUAUCCUAAAUGGUCUAUCUCAGCCUAAAAGCAAUGUUGCCUACUAUACUGUCAUGACUAUGAAAAACUUGGUUCCAAUCAUCAGUGGGCAUCAGCAAAUGAUCAAUGUUUACCAUCAAUUACUACCAAACGUUCUACAAAUACUCACUGCCUUUGUAAGCGAUGAUGAGAAAAAGGCUUGUGACUUAUUUGAGAUUUUAGAAGAACUUAUCGAUUAUGCUGUCACAGUAGUAACUCCACAUAUUAAAGCUAUUAUCGAUAUGUGUUUGCAUAUCGGCAGUAAUAGCUCCAUGCCCACUACUGUGCAAAUUAAGGCUAUCAGUGUUAUUGGUUGGCUAAUAAGAUCAAAAGGAAAAGUGGUGCUUAAAAAUAAGCUGGUCGAGCCAAUCAUUGAUGUACUGAUUCAUCUGAUGGCUCAGCAACCUGACGACGAAGGGAACGAGGAGUAUUUCUUGGGUGACCCAGAUCAGUUUACAUCUACAACAGUAGCUACACAGACUUUGGAUUUGGUUGCUUUACAUAUACCUGCCGAUAAAUUUGUGCCUUAUUUGUUGACCAAGGUAGAACCUGCUAUACAGGGUGGUGACAUUUAUGCCCAAAAAGCGGCUUAUUUGGCGCUAGCGGUGCUGGCUGAGGGUUGUUCCGAGAAAGUGCGCACGAAAUAUUUGAACGAAUUUUUAAAAUGCGUCUGUAACGCCAUUCAUAAUCCGAACGCGGUGGUGAGAAACGCCGCUUUAUUCGCCCUGGGACAGUUUGCCGAGCAUUUACAACCUGAAAUCAGCAAGUUCGCCUCAGAUCUUUUGCCAGUACUGUUCGAGUACCUCUCGCAAAUCCUGAAGCAAAUGGAGGUGGAGAGAAAAGAUCCGCCCAGUUUGGACCGUUUGUUUUACGCCCUGGAAACGUUUUGCGAGAAUUUAGAGGAGGAAUUGAUGCCUUAUUUGCCGAUAUUCAUGGAUCGGCUGUUUGUCGCUCUCGCACCUGAAAUGACCUCGAUUCAACUGAAGAGGGUCGCCCUAAGUGCUUUAGGGGCGGCCGCUACCGCAGUGAAACAAGGCAUUUUACCGUACUUUCAAAAGAUCAUCGAAGUUUUGAAUUUUUAUAUAAAUUCCGAUCCGAAUUCGGAAAUUCAUCAGAUUCAGUGCUAUGCCAUAGAAACUUUGGCUGUAGUGGCCCAAUUCGUCGGUCCGGAAAACUUCAAACCUUUAGCCCAAGAGUCCCUCCAGUUGGGAUUGAGGAUCAUGGGAGAAACCGACGAUCCGGACGUGAAAAAGAGCGUUUAUUCACUGUUUGCCGCCCUCGCUAUCGUCAUGAAGGAGGAAUUGGGCGUGGCGCUGCCUAAAAUUGUUAAUCAGAUGAUCGAGAGUAUACAGAGCAGCGAUGGAAUUAUUUCGCACUUUGACGAGGAAGACAAGGACAAGAUCGACGUUUACGGUGAAUUAUCGGACGACGAGGACGAGAAUUGUGAGGAGGACAUCGAGGGCAGUUCAGAGGCGAGCGACGAUUCCGCCCAAUGCAGAUACUCCGUCGAGAAUUCUUAUAACGAGGAAAAGGAGCAGGCUUGUUUGGCCCUCAGGGAGAUUUGCAUCAAUACCGGGGUGGCAUUUUUGCCCUACAUCGAAAAGAGCUUCGAGGAAAUAUUUAAGUUGGUGAAUUAUCCUCAGGACGAUAUUAGACGGGCUGCCGUCGAGGCUCUCCAACAGUUUUGUAUUUAUUUGCAUAAAAUAAACACUCCGGAAUCGAAAAAGGCCCUCUACAAAGCCCUACAAAUGUUCAUACCGAAAUGUUCGGAACUAAUCAGGGCGGACGAGGAACGUUCGGUGGUGAUGAACUGUUUGGACGCGUACGCGGCCCUUUUGGACGAAAUUAAGGGCGAAGUGUUCGUCGGCGAAGGGCAUAGGGAAGCGAUCAUGAAUUGUGUCGUUACCGUACUCACUAUGAGGGCGAUGUGUCAGGAUACGGAUGCCGGUACCCAAGGGGAAAAUCCGGAAGACGACGCGGAAGCGGAACAAGACGAGCUGCUACUGGAAUGUGCCGGCGACGUGAUUCCGAAGUACGCGGCUGCAAUUUCGCCGGACGAUUUCGCGUGUUAUUUCCCGAACGUGUUGAAGUUGUUGUCAAGUAGGACGGUAAAACAAAACAGCGUGAGUCAACGUUCGUUCGCGUACGGCACCCUCGCCGAGUGCAUGAAAUCCCUCGAUGUCUACGUCGAACAAUUCGUGCCGCAACUGUUAAAGAUGUGGCUGACCGGGGCGAAAGAUCCGGCCGAGGAGGUGCGCAACAAUUCGAUCUUCGGCUUGGGCGAGAUGGUGUUGCACGGCAAACAGAAAAUUUUCCCGCACUACGACGAAAUUUUGCAGGCGCUCUCGCACGCGGUGGCGAAAGAGAGUCACGCGGGCACGUUGGACAACAUUUGCGGCGCGUUGGCCAAAAUGAUCGCGGUCAAUGCGGCCGCGGUCCCGUUGGAUCACGUGUUUCCCGCCUUUUUGCAAAAACUGCCGCUCCGCGACGAUUUCCAGGAAAACGAGGCCGUGAUCAAGUGUUUCGCGACGCUGUACCAGCAGGGCAAUCCGGUGAUUAAGCGGCAUUUGAGUGACGUCAUUAAGGCUGCCGUACACGUUUAUUGGAAGGAGCAAACUCCGAACGACGAAACGAAGCAAAUCCUCACGGAACUGAUCAAGACGUUAAACAGGGAUUUUCCGCAAGAAUUCGCGCAGGUCGUGAACUCUUUCGGACCGGAGGCAACGGAAUCUAUACAGAAACUUCUGUCCUCUUAGGUGCUAAUUUAAGUAAAUUAGGAAACGAUUUUGUCGAGUGAGAUUUUUUUUGUACUGAGCUGUGCGCGCGCGUUAAUAUUCGGGAUAAAUAUGAAUGAAUGUCUAUUUAAUCCAGGAAAGAAGUAUGACGUAUCGAUUUAAUGGACUUGGAUGUUUUAAGGUAAACUACUUAUACAGGGUGUUUGUUGCAAAUUUGUAUUGUUUUUUAAAAAAAAUCUUGUGAGAAUAGUUUUAUUUUAGUAAGGAGCUUAAUUGUCUUUGACCUUAAGCAUUCUGUAUAACCUAUAAAACGGUUACAGUCCAUUAGAAUUGUUACGUCUAUGGUUUGUGUGUACCUGUAUCAGGAAUUUAUGUCAUAUUUCGAUCUGUAGCAUUUUCUCUUGUCGCUUUCAAAAUUAAAUUGCUUUAAAAAGUUACGUAAAGGGCGAUUCGAAAGUAAGUUUUACCCUGUUUCUUUUGUUGAAAUUUUCACCCAGAAAUUAUUAAAGUGUGAUCUUUUUUUAUACAGAACUAAUUUUCCAUUCAAUUCCAGGUAUUCGAAUCCUAAUUAUGUCUAGAUUUCUUAAUGCCCAAAACAAAAUUUAUACACUUUUCCAGGCAUUUUUUCCGUAAUGUUGGAAUGGUGUUUCAGUAAUUUAACGUAUUGUUUCCAUGCAUUUCUUAUAUGUUCCAAUCGGCUUGGAUAUUUCUUAAUUUUAUUCCAGGCAUUUAAAGUUUAAGCAAUUAAUGCCCAAAGUUUUUUAUUUUAAAUGUCUUAGGUCUUUUAUUUUAGGGCGUUCCUAUAAAAGGACUUUAUGUGAAGUCAGUUGGACCAGUAUAAAAACUAAAUUCCGUUAAAUCGGUGCUUUUUUUACGAAUCAUGGGAACGCGUCCUUUUUUUUUAAACAAUCCGGUAAAUUAUUUCAUGUGAAUUUAUUAAAAUACUUUUUAAGUCCUGGCUUUUUGCAUAUUUAACCAAUUAUAAUUUAUUAAAUGGACCAAUUGACUUCGUAUAGACUAUACAUAAAGAUACGGUGACUUUAUUGUUUUUCUUUGAACAUUAUUUAUGUAUAAUUUUUAAUCUAUAAUCAAUUUAGAAAAUGUUUAUUUCAAAAUAUAUAAAAUGAAACUCACCCGUGACCUUUAUUAGAGAUUAUUAGAGAAAAGCGACAGACCAUUUUAAAUUUAAAAAAAAAUAACGCUUAGAACGCGACACGAUUUAUGUGUCGUCUAUAAGGGAUACUAACUACUAAAGGGGUUAAAGUCAUAUUUUAAUGCCCUCCAGGGAUUUUAAAAAGUUUGCCACUGAAUUCACAUAAUUUUGUUUAUAUUCCAGGCUUUUGGGGUCUUUUAGAUAGAGGAAAUAGCUUUUCAUGCCAAGGCCAAAAUUUAAUAAUUUCAUGUUAAAAUCGGGCCAUUUUCGCCCUUCUACCAUUGCAAGUCGCACUCCUUAACGCUUACUUUCGAAUCAUCCAUACAGUGAUCAUAUUAUAAAACUGGGAACAACAACUUUCCCCUUUAAUUUUUCCUUGAAUCACUGUAUCUAUAUAUCGUGGGCGUACAAGCAAAACCGUAUAAGUUCAUAAAAGUGAAUUGUGAGAAAAAUGGAAAAAAAGAUUUUAAUUUGCCUGUAAAAGUUGUUUUUGAAUAUGUGAUAUUUUAAAGCUAUAGACAUGAUUUGUUAGCUUUUUUUUAAUGAUUAUUUAUUAGUAAAACACCUAUAUCAUCUAAGUUUUUUUUUAUUUUACGUUUUUUACAUACAGGUUGGACUUAUAUUUUUUUUCUGAUAAAUUUAUUUAUUUUGUUGGACAUAAGUGAUUAAUGGUAAAUCAUCGUCAUCAUCACUACAGUCUGAUUCGACCAAGUGUUCUGGUGUUUGUUCAACAUUUGUGGAUGUUGGCAAAGAAUUGUACCAUCCAUGGAAUUCGGCCGGAAUUAUAUUGUUAUGGCCAGUUUUAGAAGAGCCUCUUUCUUCUUUUCAGUGAUUGGCAGUUGCUUGCUGUAUAAUGGUUUUAAGACCUUCGGAAAAGUUGGGGUUUUCCUCCUUCCAAAAACAUUAAUAUACUUAUAAGGGUCAGAAUGCAUGUAUUUAAAUUCAAUUAUGCCUGGCUUGUCUUUUGAGUAACGUAAUGAUUUGAUUAGUAACCAAUUGACUGUGUUUCCUUCUGUAUCUUUACUCUUAUUUCGAAGUAUUUUUACAGAUAAAGCCUUUAGAUCAUAGAAGUCAUGAAAUUUUAAUUCUUGGACAUUGUAUGGUUGACUUUUUUUGUUUUUAUUUCUGUUUGAUCUGGCGAGUCUAAAAAUAUUAAGCCAAUCUUGAAUUGUGUAAACUGGUACAUAUUUCUUUGCAUGUUCAAUUGAGCUAUGCAUGGAGUCCACCUCCAUGUAGGAAUGCCCACUUUCCAUAAAAUUAUGUUGAAUAACUUGAAGGUGCGUAACCUGCACUAAAUAAAGCAGUAAAGCUGCAACAUAUUGGUUGCGGUUCUGUCCUCCACAUGUAUCGGACCAGAGUGACACCCGAUUUACAUGCAAAGGCAGGUGUGUUAAGUAUUCAAACAAACAAGUGCCUAUUUCUGAACUAUAGUUUUCUUGAGUAGUACAUGGGGCUUACGUCGGAGCAUGGCAUUUGAAGGACUGACUGCAAAUCAAAAGUUGCUGAAAUAAAUGUCGGGUCGUUAAGAGCGCAUAUUUUGUCCUUUUCUUUGGCAGAGUAGCAAUCCCUUUUACGACUUUCAUGUCUUUCAAAUUUUUCAAUAUCGGUCUGACUCUCAUCACCUGUCUUAUGUUUUUCACAAGUUUGAAAAAGGUCUUUUUUAGGGUGAAAAAAGGAUAAAUUAAAUUUGGAACCAAAAUACCUUUUAUACGUUAUGAACGAUACAGCUUCUUUUUUUUCUGUUUUACAUUUUUCCUUAUAAAGGUUGUACAUCUUAGCUAUUGAUAAUUUGCUGUCCAAGUAUUCCUUUUUAGUUGACUUUCGGGAAUAAUGGGAUGGUACGGUCGGAAAACUUUGAAUGUGCCUUUCUACAUCGGCAAGAAGUUCUGGCCUGGUUUUGUUCUUGGGUACCGAUUUGCCACGUCUGUCUUCACCGACAUAGACGCCAGAAGAGCCUUUAUAACAAAAUGCAUUUUUUACAACAUCAGCACUUAUAUUAAGAGUUUUCAAAAAAAAUGCCUGACAAACUCUUAGUUUGCUUUUAUCUUUUGUAAAAUAGUACUGUUUAGAAUUACUUCUAGGAGCCUUAUUUCCAUUUCUCUGUCUUCUUCUCUCUGGAGAAGAGCUUGUGACAUUUGCAAGAAUAAAAUCUUUUUGCCGUGUAAAAUUAUUCAUUCUCCAAUACGUUAAACACAAAGUUUGCCUUUCCUUUUCUAAAAAUUUUGUCUGACAUUUAAAACGACACUUUUCACAGUUAAUGGCUUGAGGUUUCUUGGCUGGCCGCUGUUUGUUGUUAGUCACAUAAUCAAGUCCCUCGCUUCUUCUUUUUUUCCCCACAGCUCUUUUCCACUUUUUAGGUUGACUUUCUUUCCAUCUUUUAAGCUGUGUGUCAUUUCCAAGCUCUACAAAAAAAUAGAAGUAAGGCAAUUAAGGCUAAAUCGUCUUCAUUGAAGGAAUGCUGAGACACGUGAUCAACAGACGGUUCUGAUACAUUUAAAUGUCCCACCUCAGACCCUCUUUCAAUUUCUAUAUUUUUAUCUAAAAUUUAGAAAAAACUUAAGUCCAUUUACCUACGAAUACCACAAACAGAAAAAAAAACUGAAGUCCCUACACAGUUUAAAACUAGCGAAUAAAAAUCUAAUAAAAAUGAAACAGAUAAUAAUUUGCUGUAACUGUAAAAUGCAUUUUAACUCUAAAUAUCCAAAAUUUAAGAAGUUCUAUCUACUUACCUUUCGGUGUAGCAUCGCGCUGUUCCCCAACCCUUUCAUAAAACCUGGACACGUUAGAGCCUAUUAUUCUAUUAUAACUAAUAGAGUUUUCAUCACUACUACUUCUCUGGUUUAGUGUAUUAUUACACGCUAUAAACACAAGUUUUUUUCCCUCUGGAAGACAUACUGACCAACCGCCACAAACAACAAAAUAAUGUAAACUGCCGGCAAAUAAAAUAACACAAGUACGCGUAAAUAUUUACUUAAAUGGACUUACAGGUUUUUUCCUGUUUAAAUUUGUCUCAUGCUCCUAAUAAAAAUCGCUUAAGUGGCCUAGGGACUUAGGCAUAUACAUGUGCCCUAUAUCUUUUAAAGUAUGGGGAAAAUGGACUUAAAUGAUUGUUGACUUGAUAGUGGUACGAAAAACUCAAGUUCGUCAAAAAGUGGACUUAAAGGGAUUUGCUUGUACGACCACGAUAUAAAACAAAAAUUUGGCCUGUGAGUUUAAUCAUUUCGUGCCAUCGCUUCCACCUCUAGUGCAAUAAUAUACCGGUGGCUCUAAAGAUCCACCAUAUAUUAUUAUCACAAAAGGUAUUCUGUGUUAUUAUAUAGUUUAAAAUGUUAUUUAUAUUUUGAUAAAAGUGUUAUUUUUUUUAAAUAAAUUUAUAUUGGCUUUUUUAUGGUA